AUGCUGCUGCGGUCGUCGCUGCUGCUGCUGCUGCUGCUGCUGGGGGCGCCGCGUGGCUGCGCCGAGGGCGCGGCGGCGACGCCCACCCCCGAGCGGGUCCUCGAGUGGCAGGAUAAAGGAAUAUUCAUUAUCCAAAGUGAGAGUCUCAAGAAAUGCAUUCAAGCCGGGAAAUCUCUACUGACCCUGGAGAACUGCAAGCCUCCGAAUAAGCACAUGCUGUGGAAAUGGGUCUCAAACCACCGCCUCUUUAACGUAGGAGGCAGCGGUUGCCUGGGCCUCAAUUUAUCGAAUCCGGAGCAGCCAUUGAGCUUGUAUGAGUGUGAUUCCUCCCACGUUUCCCUGGGGUGGCGCUGUAACAGGAAGAUGAUCACCGGCCCGCUCCGGUACGUGGUCCAGGUGAAGCACGACAACAUUGUGGUGGCCUCAUGGAAAUAUCUUCAUAAGUGGAUUUCCUAUAUGUCAGGUGGCGGAGACAUUUGCGAAUAUCUGCACAAAGAUUUGUACACAAUCAAAGGGAAUGCCCACGGGAUGCCAUGUGUGUUUCCCUUCCAGUAUAACCAUCAGUGGCAUCACGAAUGUACCCAGGAAGGUCGGGAUGACAACUUACUGUGGUGUGCCACGACAAGCCGAUAUGAAAGAGAUGAAAAGUGGGGAUUUUGCCCAGAUCCCACCUCUGCAGAAGUAGGUUGUGACGCUGUCUGGGAGAAGAACCUCGAUUCACACAUUUGCUACCAAUUCAACCUGCUUUCAUCUCUCUCUUGGAGUGAGGCACAUUCUUCAUGCCACAUGCAAGGAGGUGCUUUAUUAAGUAUUGCGGACGAAACUGAAGAAAAUUUCAUAAGGAAGCACAUGAGUGGUGAUGCGGUGGAAGUGUGGAUAGGUCUGAACCAGCUGGAUGACCAGGCUGGCUGGCAGUGGUCCGAUGGAACUCCGCUCAACUAUCUUAACUGGAACCCCGAGGUAAAUUUUGAGCCAUUUGUUGAAUAUCACUGUGGAACAUUUAAUUCAUUUAUGCCAAAUGCCUGGAGGAGUCGGGAUUGUGAAUCUACCUUGCCAUACAUAUGUAAAAAAUAUCUAAACCACACUGAUCACAAAAUAAUUGAAAAAGAUGCUUGGAAAUAUCAUGCUACCCACUGUGAGCCUGGGUGGAAUCCCUACAAUCGUAAUUGCUACAAACUUCAGAAAGAAGAAAAGACCUGGAAUGAGGCUCUGCAUUCUUGUCAGUCUGACAACAGUGCAUUAAUAGACAUAGCUUCAUUAGCAGAGGUGGAGUUUCUUGUAACCCUCCUUGGAGAUGAAAAUGCAUCAGAAACAUGGAUUGGUUUGAGCAGCAAUGGAAUUCCAGUUUCCUUUGAAUGGUCUAAUGGCUCUUCAGUCAUCUUUACUAAUUGGAACAUACUCGAGCCCCAAAUUUUUCCAAAUAGAAGCCAGCUAUGUGUCUCAACAGAGCAAUCUGAGGGACACUGGAAAGUUAAAAACUGUGAAGAAACACUUUUUUACAUUUGUAAAAAAGCAGGCCACGUCCUUUCUGACACUGAAUCAGGAUGUCAAGAGGGAUGGGAGAGACAUGGCAGAUUCUGUUACAAAAUUGACACAGUUCUUCGAAGCUUUGACCACGCUUCCAGUGGUUAUUACUGUCCUCCUGCACUUGUAACCAUUGCAAACAGGUUUGAACAGGCUUUUAUUACCAGUUUGAUCAGUAGUGUGGUAAAAACAAAGGACAGUUAUUUUUGGAUAGCCCUUCAAGACCAAAACGAUACAGGAGAGUACACUUGGAAGACAGCAGGGCAGCCGUCCGAGCAGGCGCAGUACACGCACUGGAACGCGCAUCAGCCCCGCUACAGCGGCGGCUGUGUUGCCAUGCGAGGAAGUCAUCCAGUUGGUCGCUGGGAAGUAAAGGACUGCAGACGCUUUAAGGCAAUGUCCCUGUGCAAGCAGCCAGUCGAAAACCGGGAGAAAACGGAGCAUGAAGAAAGAUGGCCCUUCCACCCUUGCUAUUUGGACUGGGAGUCAGAGUCUGGUCUGGCCAGUUGCUUCAAGGUAUUUCAUAGUGAAAAAGUUCUGGGGAAAAGAACAUGGAGAGAAGCUGAAGCAUUUUGUGAAGAAUUUGGGGCUCAUCUUGCAAGCUUUGCCCACAUUGAGGAAGAGAAUUUUGUGAAUGAGCUCUUACAUUCAAAAUUUAAUCGGACAGAGGAAAGGCAGUUCUGGAUUGGAUUUAAUAAAAGAAACCCACUGAAUGCUGGCUCUUGGGAGUGGUCUGACGGAACGCCUGUUGUCUCUUCAUUUUUAGACAAUAUUUAUUUUGAAGAAGAUGCAAGAAAUUGUGCUGUGUAUAAGGCAAAUAAAACAUUGCUGCCACUGCACUGUGGCUCCAAACGCGAGUGGAUAUGCAAAAUUCCAAGAGAUGUGAGACCCAAGAUUCCAUCCUGGUACCAGUACGAUGCACCCUGGCUCUUCUAUCAGGACGCAGAAUACCUUUUUCACACUUAUGCCUCAGAAUGGUCCUCCUUUGAGUUUGUGUGUGGCUGGCUGCGCAGUGAUCUUCUCACAAUUCAUUCUGCACUUGAGCAAGAAUUCAUCCACAGCAAAAUAAAAGCGCUAUCCAAGUAUGGUGCAAAUUGGUGGAUUGGACUUCAAGAAGAAAGAGUCAAUGAUGAAUUUCACUGGAGAGAUGGAACACCAGUAAUAUACCAGAACUGGGACAAAGGGAGAGAAAGAUCUGUGAAUAAUCAAAGCCAGAGAUGUGGCUUCAUUUCUUCCAUAACAGGUCUCUGGGGUAGUGAAGAGUGUUCAGUUUCUAUGCCUAGUGUCUGUAAGCGAAAGAAGAUUUGGGUCAUAGAGAAAGAGAACGAUACGCCAAAACGACAUGGAACCUGUCCCAAGGGAUGGCUAUAUUUUAACUACAAGUGCCUUUUGAUAAAUAUCCCCAAAGACCCAAGCAAUGAGAAGAACUGGACAAGUGCUCGAGAUUUCUGUGUUCAAGAAGGCGGGACACUGGUCGCCAUUGAAAGUGAAGUGGAGCAAGCUUUCAUUACUAUGAAUCUUUUUGGCCAGACCACUAAUGUGUGGAUAGGAUUACAAAAUGAUAAUUAUGAAAAAUGGUUAAAUGGAAAGCCUGUGAUGCUACAAAUGACUUUUGUUGUUGUUCUUGUUCUAGAUACUUCUGGACAUGGUGUAAAUACAUCUGAUAUGUAUUCAAUUCCCAAAACCUUAGAAUAUGGAAACAGAACUUACAAAAUAAUUAAUGCAAAUAUGACUUGGUAUGCAGCAAUAAAAACCUGCCUGAUGCAUGGAGCAGAACUGGUCAGCAUUGCAGACCAGUAUCACCAGUCCUUCCUCACUGUUGUCCUCAACCGGCUAGGACGUGCGCACUGGAUUGGACUGUUCACUGAAGAUAAUGGUCUUAAUUUUGACUGGUCAGAUGGCACCAAAUCCUCUUUCACUUUUUGGAAAGACGAGGAGUCGUCCUUCCUUGGUGACUGUGUUUUUGCCGACACCAGUGGACGCUGGCAUAGCACAGCCUGCGAGUCAUUCCUGCAAGGUGCCAUUUGUCGCGUGCCCACUGAAACAAGACCACUUGAACACCCAGAAUUGUGUUCAGAAACAUCUAUUCCCUGGAUAAAAUUUAAAAGUAAUUGCUACAGUUUUUCUACAGUCCUAGACAGUACGAGUUUUGAGGCUGCUCAUGAAUUUUGCAAAAAGGAAGGAUCUAAUCUUUUAACAAUCAAGGACGAGGCUGAAAAUGCAUUUCUCCUAGAAGAGCUUUUUGCUUUUAGUUCUUCUGUCCAGAUGGUUUGGUUGAAUGCUCAGUUUGAUAGUAACAAUGAAACCGUAAAGUGGUUUGAUGGAACUCCCACAGACCAGUCAAACUGGGGCAUCCGGGAGCCAGCCAUGGACCACUUCAAGCCCCUUCAGUGUGUUGCCCUAAGGAUCCCUGAAGGAGUGUGGCAGUUAUCCCCCUGUCAAGAAAAAAAGGGCUUUAUAUGUAAAAUGGAUGCAGAUAUUCAUACUAUAAAGGAACAUCCAGGAAAAGGACCAACUCAUAGUGUCAUUCCUCUUGCAGUGGCACUGAUCCUAAUAAUAAUACUGGCCGUUUGCACACUUUCCUUCUGCAUAUACAAGCAGCAUGGUGGCUUCUUCAGGAGACUUGCAGGGUUUGGGAGUCCCUACUAUUCUACAACCAACUUAAGUACAGUACAUUUAGAAGAAAAUAUUCUCAUUUCUGAUCUUGAGAAGAAUGACCAAUAA